UGAGAUGUGCCCUGUCAGCUGGGAGAGUGAACUCUGGAGCUUUUCACUGCUUGGAGCUGCCGGCUGGGCUCGAGCGCUGUUGGAAACGCGUGUCCCCGACCUGCCGCUUCGCCGUGGUCUCUCUGCAGGGCUGUUUUGCAGCUGCUCAGCCCUCACCUGUUCUCUUCUGCCCUGUGGCUCAUCAGAGCAGGAUUGCAGCAGCAGCAGCAAAGAGCAGCAAGCAGGAGGAGCAGAGUCUGGGCAGGGUCCCCAGGGUGCUGGGUGGAGACACAGCUUUGGCUUUUCCUUUGUCUGUCCAGGUUAAGAGCGUCUGUUUAAUUUUUAGGACACCUCUGCAUCUCGCUGCGGCAAAUGGCCAUGCAGAUGUCGUUCGAUAUCUGAUGAGAAAGAACAGCCAACCCAACCUCGCUGACAGCUUCAAGAGAACGGCACUGAUGAAGGCAGUGCAGCAGGAGCAGGAAGAAUGUGUUGCUGUUCUGCUGGAACACGGUGCCGACCCAAAUCUGGCGGAUGCUGACGGCAACACUGCCCUUCACCUGGCUGUGCUGUCUAAAAAUACAGCUGUGGCAGGGCUGUUACUGCAGCAUAAUGCCAAGAGUGAUGCUCAGAACCAGGUAACCUUGGCAUGUGGGUAAAGCUGCUCUUUCAAACAGGUGCAGAGCUUGUCUGUGUUUU